UAGGUGCCCGUAAGCCCAUCAAGUGAACAAAGUAGAGUUUCUUUCCUAGAGGGUGUAAAAGAAAAUGGUUCAACAAGAAAUCCGAAAGGGUCCAUGGACAGAACAAGAGGACUUCAAAUUGGUCUAUUUUGUUUCCUUAUUUGGAGACCGUAGAUGGGACUAUUUAGCAAAGGUUUCAGGUUUGAAUAGAACAGGUAAGAGUUGCAGGUUACGGUGGGUUAAUUACCUGCACCCUGAUCUCAAACGAGGGAAGCUGACACCCCAAGAAGAGCACCUCGUGAUGGAGCUUCACUCCAAAUGGGGAAAUAGAUGGUCAAGAAUUGCUCGUAAACUACCAGGGCGAACGGAUAAUGAAAUUAAGAAUUUUUGGAGGACCCACUUGAGGAAAAAGAAGGCUCAAGAGAAAAAGCGAGGAGAAACUGCAUCACCUGCAUCUUCUAGUUGUCAAUCUUUACUGUCCUCAAACAAUCAUGUUGUGGAUUAUUCACAUGCUUCCAAAAAAGCUGGAGAAGAAAGCUUUUAUGACACUGGUGGAGUAGAUGGUGAAAAGGGGUACUGCUACUCUAUGGAUGAUAUAUGGAAAGAUAUUGCUGAGUCAGAAGAGAACAUUAAUCUUCAACCUCUAACACCUUCUCCAACAUGGGCACAUGCUAUGGGUGAUGGAUGAAGAAGAAAGUAACAAGAUGUUAUUCUCUAUAAUGAGUGACCAAUAUUUUUCUUGCUAUGAACAAGACAAGCAUUUCUAACCGGCUAAUUAGGAUUCUUUUUCCAAGUAUCAAUAUUUUGUUCAUACGUGUGUCAUCUAUCAUAAUAAGAAAGCCUAAUAUGUAUAGCAUAGCAUCUCUCUGAGCUUUCACCAUGGUUCUUCAUAGUGUGACAUAGCUGUAAUCAAUUUCAAGUGUGACUGUAGUUUAUGUCAAUUAACGUUUAUGAUUUUACUUUAAAAAAAC